GCAGUAAAUUUUCAAGUAUUUAUUUUGUCUUGUCUUAGACUAUUUUUCGUGAACUAUCACUCUAUUUGUCUAAUAAGAAUUCAAAAAACUGCUUCCCAAAGCAGCUGUCGUUUCUCCUUCUCACUCUUCUUUUUUCUUUCUCUUUCUCGCUCUUCUCCUACUCUUUUUUGUUCUGAUUCCAAUAUUCACGUCAACUAUCUCUUGGUAUUUCAACUUCUCAGUCAGUUUGAGUAGGUUAUGCUCAAUGUUUGCAUGGGGGAGUAGUUGCUACAAGUUUAUUUACAAUAUAUAUUAGAGCAGAGAAGCGUUCAUUUUUAAAUAAUUAUUAAUACUUCUACCGGAUUCACGCUUUGUCGAAGCAUUAAAUUGUGUUUUCUCUUAUGAGUGUAUAAAGUUGUAUUUUACGUUUUUUUUUUCAAAUUUGUUAAAUAAAGUGUUUUUAGUGCACAAAGAUUUCAUUAAUAAAGAUAAAACGUCAGAUAACCCUUUGGGUUGAAUUACAUUUCGAUUGAAUUAGACUAACUUAUAAGAAUGGUGCGUGGAUUAUCUCAGUGGACCAAAACUUUAAGUUUUCCUGCCAGAGUAUCACCUCAAAAAAUUGGAGAAGAAGGAAAAAAUAAAUUCAGUGUAAGUCCAAGCAUCAGUCUCACAUCACCUUCAAGUCCAAUUAAUGAAAUCAUCAAUAAAACGCCAAUCAUUACUGAUGAGACGUUUCAAGAUCUUGAAACUGAAAAGGCCAUUAUGAGUUCAAUUGUCUUCUGCAUUCAUCAUAAAGACGGUUGCAAAUGGUCUGACGAAUUGAGAAAGUUGAAGGCUCACUUGAAUACAUGUAAACAUGAUGCGGUUCUCUGUAACAACAAAUGUGGGGCAAUGAUUCCUCGUGUAUUAAUGGAAGAUCAUUUGAAGUAUACAUGUGCUCAACGUCGUGCAAGAUGUGAUUUUUGUGCUAAAGAGUUUACUGGUCAUACCCUUGAAAAACACAUGGGUACUUGCAGCUAUGAACCACUUUAUUGCGAAAAUAAAUGUGGUAUGAAGGUUCAACGAAGACAUCUGAGCCAACAUAAGCUCGGAGAAUGUGUUAAAAGACUCGUUACUUGUAGAUAUUGUAACAAAGAAUUUGUUUUUGAUACUCUCAGUGUUCAUCACACCAAAUGUGGUCGUUUUCCUGUGGCUUGUCCUCAUCGGUGUGAAACUGCUGUGUUACCCCGUGAAGAUCUUGAAAUUCAUCUCAAAGAUCAUUGUACCACUCACCUUCUAUCUUGCAUUUUUAAAGAUGCUGGAUGUCGCUUCAAGGGAAAUCGUUUUUCACUGGAUAAACAUAUGGAAGAAUCGACAAAAACCCAUUUAAGUCUAAUGUGUACUGUUGUAACAAAGCAGCAACAUCAGAUAACAAGCUUAAAAUCUGCAAUGAGUAAACUCUCUCUUAAUUGCACAGGUACACUAAUAUGGAAAAUCAAUGAUUAUUCUGUAAAAAUGUCUGAGGCAAAAGCUAAAGAAGGAAUAGAACUCAUUAGUCCUUCAUUUUAUACUAGUCAAUAUGGAUAUAAACUACAGGCGUCCAUUUUCUUGAAUGGAAAUGGCACAGGUGAAGGAAGCCAUAUAUCAAUUUAUAUAAAAAUACUUCCAGGUGAAUACGAUGCACUCCUCCGUUGGCCAUUUUCUCACAGUGUAUCAUUUACGAUGUUUGAUCAAACUGCUCAAGCCGACAAAGCUUGUAAUAUCGUCGAAAGUUUUAUACCCGAUCCAACGUGGAAAAAUUUUCAAAGACCAAGUCGUGAACCAGAUUCGCUAGGUUUUGGAUUUCCACGGUUUGUUUCUCAUGAAAUGGUAAAAAAACGACAUUUUGUCAAAGACGAUGUAAUGUUUAUAAGAGUUAAAGUUGAUCCGAGUAAGAUUGUAGCAGUUUAAGAAAGAAUUCCAAUUUAUAUUUUUUCUCAAUAGACUAGAUUAUAUCAUAAUUAGUAUCAAAAAGUUAAACUUAAUUGAUUAAAAUCAUAACGAAUAAUAAUAAUUUAGAUGAUUAAUUGUAUAACGAGCAAUAGAGUAAGUGUACAUAUUUUUGAAAAUAAUAUAAUUACGACAAUUGCCAAGAAAUAACUCCAGUAAUUUAUAAGAUAUGUAUAUAUUUUUAAGGAAUAUUUUUAUAGAGAUCUUCAUCAUUAAUAUGUGAUUUAUAUGUUGAUAAUUAUGUAAUUAAUGAAAGUAUAACAAGAAAAUGCUGAUAAAUGAUCAAUAAUAUUCGAGACUGAUGAAAUAUUACAUCUAUUAAGAUUCUUAGGCUGGUGAAGCUCUUGUAUAAUAUUCAGACUGAAAUAGAAAAUAAUAAAAAUUAUUCUAAUAACUUCAUUAAUAAAAAACGUUAUCAAGAUUUAUUAUAAAAAA